GAAUUAAUUUAAGAAUUAAGAAUUAAGAAUUAAUUGAAAUGGUUGGUCAUACAUAGUCCUAGUCAUGAUAAUCAUGUUAAGUUGCCAUCUCUCCUAACUUUGCUCAAUUUAGAAAUUUGGAAUACAUCCAUUGUAAUAACCACAGUAGUACAGCAGGCAAAAAUUGUUCAUUUUAUGUUGUCUUUCCAAUAUGCAAGCUCAAAGUAGAGAUUCCUCAGUGAGGUAGUGUAUCUUCGCAAUGCGAAGAUGGCGAAGAUGGUCCCUACCACAGUCACCGACGUGUUCCGUCGCUUCACUCCAGAAUCACUGGCAGAGAUUGAGAAGCUCAUUGAGGAGCAGAAAAUUAGGAAGGAAGUAGAGGAUGUGGAGCCAGAGAGGGAGCCGGCAGCACCUCGGAGUGACCUGGAGGCAGGGAAGUCCCUGCCCAUGAUCUACGGAGAUCCACCAGAGGAGCUGCUCAACACACCUCUAGAAGACAUAGACCCCUUCUACAAAGCACAAAAAACAUUUAUUAUAAUCACCAAAGGCAACACAAUCUACAGGUUUAAUGCAGAACCAUCCUGUUACAUUAUCAGCCCAUUUAACCUCAUGAGAAGAGCAGCUAUUAGAAUUCUCAUACAUAAGUUAUUUAGCAUGUUCAUCAUGCUUACUAUUCUCUCCAACUGUGUAUUCAUGACGAUGAGCAACCCUCCUGCCUGGAGCAAAACUGUGGAGUAUGUCUUUACUGGUAUAUAUACCUUUGAGGCAACAAUUAAAGUGGUGUCACGAGGCUUCUGUAUCGGAUCUUUUACAUUCCUUCGUGAUCCAUGGAAUUGGCUAGAUUUCAUGGUGAUCAGCAUGGCGUACAUCACCGAGUUUGUUGACCUCGGAAAUGUGUCAGCGCUUAGGACGUUUCGUGUGCUCAGAGCGCUUAAAACAAUCACUGUUAUUCCUGGCUUGAAAACUAUUGUUGGAGCUCUGAUCCAGUCUGUUAAGAAGAUGGUGGAUGUGAUGAUUCUGACCAACUUUGCCCUGGCUGUGUUUGCCCUCAUUGGCCUCCAGCUAUUCAUGGGGAACCUGCGCCACAAGUGUAUACGCUGGCCCAUUUCAAACAGCACUAUGGAUGACUACAACUCCACCCUGACCUACAACACCACCUUCAUCAACAACACUUUUGACUUCACUGCCUACAUUGAAAAUGAAGAAAACCAGUACUUUCUGGACGGUAGCUUAGAUGCUUUACUAUGUGGGAACAGUUCUGAUGCUGGAAAGUGCCCAGAAGGAUACACAUGCAUGAAGGCUGGAAGGAACCCGAAUUACGGCUACACCAGUUAUGACACUUUCGGCUGGGCUUUCCUUGCUCUCUUUAGGCUUAUGACUCAGGACUACUGGGAGAACCUCUUUCAGCUGACUCUCCGUGCAGCUGGGAAAACCUACAUGCUUUUUUUUGUGGUGGUCAUAUUUCUGGGAUCAUUCUACCUCAUCAACCUAAUCCUAGCUGUAGUUGCCAUGGCGUAUGAUGAGCAGAACCAGGCCACAAUUGCUGAGGCCCGAGAAAAAGAGGAAGAAUUUCAGAGACUGCUGGAGCAGCUCAAUGAGCAAGAGCAACAGUUGGAAACUGGAAGCAAGGCAUCAUUGGCCAGUCAGACAACUCAGAGCAGAGGGUCAGAAAUGGCAGAUGAUGGGGAUGAUGUAAUAAAGGACUGUAAUGGUAGGAUUAUUCCCCAUCUGGUCAUCCAUAGAGCCCCAACUGUGGUAGAGAUAGCACCAGACGAUGACCAAAAGGCUGACAAUAAGUCAGUGGGCUCCAAACAUAGCAGGAUGUACCUGGAACAUCCUGGGCUCUCUGGGAGAACAGCCAGUGCCAUGAGUGUUCACAGCACAUGUAGGGAAGAGUUGGAGGAGGCGCAAAGGCCUUGUCCUCCAGGCUGGUAUAAGUUUGCUGACAUAUUUUUGAAGUGGGACUGCUGUGCACCCUGGAUAAUCUUCAAGAAGUGGGUCCAUUUUGUAGUGAUGGAUCCCUUUGUGGACCUGGGCAUCACGAUUUGUAUCGUGCUCAAUACACUUUUCAUGGCAAUGGAGCACUAUCCCAUGAGUUCGAGCUUUGAACACGUGCUCAGUGUUGGCAACUUGGUGUUCACUGGUAUUUUCACGGCUGAAAUGGUGUUCAAGCUCAUUGCCUUGGACCCCUUCUACUACUUCCAGGUGGGCUGGAACAUAUUUGACAGCAUCAUCGUCACUCUUAGCCUGGUGGAGUUAGGCCUGGCCAAUGUGCAGGGUCUGUCUGUACUCAGAUCCUUUCGUUUGCUGCGAGUCUUUAAGCUGGCUAAAUCCUGGCCCACGCUCAACAUGCUGAUCAAAAUCAUUGGAAACUCUGUGGGUGCUCUGGGGAACCUGACUCUGGUGCUGGCCAUCGUUGUCUUCAUCUUCGCCGUCGUAGGCAUGCAACUUUUUGGCAAGAGCUACAAGGACUGCGUGUGUAAGAUCGCAGAGGACUGCGAACUUCCCCGCUGGCACAUGAACGAUUUUUUCCAUUCGUUCCUCAUUGUCUUCCGCAUCCUAUGUGGUGAAUGGAUUGAAACCAUGUGGGACUGCAUGGAGGUGGCUGGAGCAGGCAUGUGCCUUGUGGUUUUCCUUAUGGUCAUGGUCAUAGGAAACCUGGUGGUGCUGAACCUGUUCCUUGCCCUGUUGCUCAGCUCAUUCAGCGGGGACAAUCUCUCAGCAGGUGAUGAAGAUGGUGAGAUGAACAAUCUCCAGAUUGCCAUCGGCCGCAUCACCAGGGGCAUUGACUGGGUCAAAUCCUUCAUCAUUGGACUUGUACAGCAGAUACUUUGCAGGAAGCCUCCUGAGGGUGACACAGGAGGAACAGAAUGUGAUGAUACAGACAAAAAGGAAAGUUUUUCAUUAAACCACCUUGAUGAAGGGAAGAUGGCAGAUAAGUUGACCAACUGUCUGGAGGCUCUGACCCUGAAUGUACCAAUUGCCAAAGCUGAGUCUGAUGUUGAAGAUGAGGAGUCAGAUGAUUUAUCAGAAGAAGCGAAUGCAAACAAAAAGGGUGUUCUCAGUGAUGAAGACUCUUCAAUGUGUAGCACAGUGGACUAUAGACCUCCAGAAUCCCCAACUGAGGAAGAGGAGGAAGAGGAACCAGACCCUGUUGAGCCAGAAGCCUGUUUUACUGAAAACUGUGUGAGACGAUGUCCAUGUCUGAAUUUGGACAUCACUCAGGGAAGGGGAAAGAGUUGGUGGAAUCUGCGCAGAACUUGCUACACCAUAGUGGAGCAUGAUUACUUUGAAACCUUCAUCAUCUUCAUGAUUCUCCUCAGUAGUGGUGCACUGGCCUUUGACGACAUUUACAUUGAGCGUCGCAGGGUGAUUAAGAUUAUCUUGGAAUAUGCAGACCAAGUCUUCACAUAUAUUUUUGUCAUAGAGAUGUUACUGAAAUGGGUUGCGUAUGGCUUCAAGACAUACUUCACCAAUGCCUGGUGCUGGCUGGACUUUUUCAUCGUUGAUGUGUCACUUAUCAGUUUAACGGCAAAUCUGUUGGGUUAUUCAGAGCUGGGACCAAUAAAAUCUCUCAGAACUCUUAGGGCGCUUCGACCUUUACGUGCCCUGUCCAGAUUUGAAGGAAUGAGGGUGGUAGUGAACGCAUUGCUGGGUGCCAUUCCUUCCAUCAUGAAUGUACUCCUGGUGUGUCUAAUAUUCUGGCUGAUCUUCAGUAUUAUGGGGGUCAACCUGUUUGCUGGGAAAUACUACCGCUGCAUUAAUACCACCACAGAAGAACUUUUACCCAUAGAGCAAGUGAACAACAUGAGUGAUUGCAUAGCGCUAAUGCACACUAAUGAAGCACGCUGGGUCAAUGUCAAGGUCAACUUUGACAAUGUGGGCUUGGGUUACCUUUCCCUGCUACAAGUGGCUACAUUUAAAGGCUGGAUGGACAUUAUGUAUGCUGCAGUGGAUUCCAGAGAGGUGGAAGAACAGCCAUCAUAUGAGAUUAACAUAUAUAUGUAUCUGUAUUUUGUCAUCUUCAUCAUCUUUGGCUCCUUCUUCACCCUCAACCUCUUCAUUGGUGUCAUCAUUGACAACUUUAAUCAGCAAAAGCAAAAGUUUGGUGGGGAAGAUCUCUUCAUGACAGAGGAGCAGAAAAAGUACUACAAUGCCAUGAAAAAGCUGGGUUCCAAGAAGCCUGUCAAACCCAUACCUCGCCCUGCGAAUAUGAUCCAGGGCAUAGUGUUUGACUUCAUCUCUCAGCAGUUCUUUGACAUUUUCAUCAUGGUGCUCAUUUGCCUCAACAUGGUUACCAUGAUGAUUGAGACAGAUGACCAAAGUGCAGAGAAAGAAUAUGUUCUCUAUCAGAUCAACUUAAUCUUCAUUGUUGUCUUCACUGGGGAGUGCAUCCUCAAAAUGUUUGCACUGAGACAAUACUUUUUCACUGUGGGAUGGAAUGUGUUUGAUUUCAUCGUUGUCAUCCUUUCUAUAGCUGGACUUAUGCUGUCAGACAUAAUUGAGAAGUACUUUGUGUCCCCCACCCUGUUCCGCGUCAUCCGCCUGGCUAGAAUAGGCCGUGUGCUGCGGCUUAUCAAAGGAGCAAAGGGCAUCAGGACACUUUUAUUUGCUCUGAUGAUGUCACUUCCUGCCCUGUUCAACAUCGGCUUGCUUCUCUUCCUUAUCAUGUUCAUCUUUUCCAUUUUUGGCAUGUCUAACUUCGCCUAUGUGAAAAAGGAGGCUGGUGUUGAUGACAUUUUUAACUUUGAGACCUUUGGGAAUAGCAUCCUCUGCUUAUUUGAGAUCACGACUUCAGCUGGUUGGGACGGGCUACUGAUCCCAAUGCUAAACAGCGGUCCUCCUGACUGUGACCCUGACAUUGAAAACCCUGGAACAGAUGUGAAAGGCAACUGUGGCAACCCAGGCAUGGGCAUAAUGUUCUUCUGCAGUUACAUUAUCAUGUGUUUCUUAGUGGUGGUGAACAUGUAUAUUGCUAUCAUUCUGGAGAACUUCAAUGUUGCCCAGGAGGAGAGCAGUGAGCUGCUAUGUGAAGAUGACUUUGAGAUGUUUAAUGAGACUUGGGAGAGGUUUGACACAGAAGGCACGCAAUUUUUGGACUAUGACCAGGUGUUUGACUUUGUUGAUGCGCUGCAAGAACCCUUGCGUAUUCACAAACCUAACAGAAUCACACUGGUCAAUAUGGAUCUGCCGGUCGUAAUAGGAGACAAAAUCCACUGUCUAGAUAUUAUGCUGGCUGUCACCCAACAUGUGCUGGGAGACACUAUUGAGAUGGCAGCCAUGAGGGAGAGUAUGGAGGCAAAGUUCAAGAUGAACAACCCAAGUCCUGAAUUCUUUGAGCCCAUCAUCACCACUCUGAGGAGAAAGGAGGAGGAGCGGGCAGCCAUUCUGAUCCAACAUUCAUACCGCAAACAUCUCCUCAAACGCUCUAUCCGCCAUGCCUCCUUCAUGCAUCGCUCCAAGAAAAGAAAAGUGAGGUGGCAGGAGGAUGACAAACCCCCAGAAACAGAGGGUUUGAUAGCACGCAAGAUGAAUGCUCUCUAUGGCAGCAAUGCAGAGCUGGCUAUGGCUCUGGAGCUUAAGUCUAAGCCUAUGCCAGUCAAACCCACUUCAUCUGGUCUCACAGUGCCAUUAACCUACCAACGUUCCCAAGGCCGACAGAGAAUAGUGCCAGUAGAAGUCACAAAGGAUGUAGUUCUCCGUUCUGCACCCACAACUAUGAGGAACUCUUCGAGUUCAGAGCCGGCAGCAGCAAAAGAAUCAAUAAUAUAGUAGAGAGACAAUGUGCAGCAUUUUUUGUCCUUUUUAUGCAGAGAAUGAUGUGUUGAAAUGGAGUAUCAGCUGCACAAAAAGAAACCAUACUGAUGCUCUAAAACAUACAUCACUCUUAUAGAGUUAUUGAGGUGAUGUUUAUUGGCGUCCAGUAGUGAUUUUUUUUUUUUCUUUAAUCACAAUAGAUUUUUUUUUCCGCUAUCUGUCCUGGAGCUGAUUUGUUUUGUUGAUCAACCUGUUCCAUGCUCAAAAAUUAAACACUAAUCCUGUAGAAAAGGUUAGAGUAGUCAGACUAUUGAUUUCUGUUUCCCCAAAAUCUACUGCAUGUUUGUGCAGUCAUGUUCACCAUUUGAAGCUGUCCACUUCUUGGUAUUAACACAAAAGUUGUUAGAGAAUUUCUCACUAAAAUGUAUUUCCUCACCCUUCACCCUAGAGCUGCUGUAACUCAUCCCUGAUUUGACUUGGGGCCUCAAUUUCCUUUGCACUAUUUUUAGACCCCCAGUUCAUGGCCUGCCAGUUUACAGCAUGGAGAUAGAAAGAGUAGAACAGGCUCUGAUCAGUUACAUGGGAGGUAUACUGUCACAUUGGGCACUACGUGCAACUGCAUAUGGCAUACAUAACCAGUACAGUACAUACUACCUGUAGUGUUUAUUAAGAAUCUCUGAAUGCACUCAAUCAACCAGGUCAUUUAAAACUGAUUAGGGCUGUUAUAUAAGUGGUGAAAUAUUUUUAAGAAUAUAAGUUGACUAUACCAUUAUAUCACUAUUACCACUAUUCUUGUGAUCAUGACACAAAGGCAAAAAUAAGAUUGAGAUUCCAAGAGUGUGGCAGAGCUAUUUUAUGACCAUGGGUGCAAGCGGCAACCUGGUGCAGAAGGGUGUGGUUAAAAUUAAUACAUUAUCAAGAGGUGUGGCUGUGAUACCCAUUUAAAUAAGCUCUUCAUAUUAGUGUCAGCACAAUUAUGUUGUUGUAAUGACAUACAAUUAAAUGCAUUUUUUGUCUUCCCAUGCUCUUUUUGUGGGCCUUUGCUCACACGUGUGCACUCAUGCUUAUUUUCGCUAAUUCCUCUUCUCUAUGUUGGCAAUAUUUCUGUGCUUAGUUACGCAUCAGCUAGCUGGAUCAAAUUAUUCGGUCAGUUAUAAUUAGCAAGCAGUUGGGUGAACUUUUCUUAUUAAAGACAUGACGUUCAUAGUACAUUCACAAAAUUAGGUUGUAAGAAAUCUGUACGGACUGUGGCUGAACCAUUCUGGCAUUGAGUCUGUGCUAAAAUUUCAUUGCAUCAAUAGAUUUCAAGUGUCCCAUCCUCUGUUGCAUUUCUUCACCCACGUACCUGCAGGCUCAUUAAAUGUAUUUUUUAAAAGUAAAUUUUUCAUCACUUAAAUAGCAACCAAGUAAAAGUGUAUUGAUUUGGGGGGGGCAAUUAGUUACACUUGUGCUAGGUUAAAGAAUAGAGCCUUUAGAUGUUUCAAUUUAUAACAGGUUUAACAUUUAACAUUAACAUUAUAUUAGUACAAUUAGUAGAAUAAAAUCAGUGUGAUAGUUCUCAUAGUCUUUCAUAACACAGAGCCAUACUUUUUAUGUAUGCUUAAUGAAGUUGUACUUUGUGUACUUUGUGACCAAAUUUAUUUAAAAACAACUCAUCUUUUUUGUCAUUCAUUAAUUUAGUGUUUUUGUAAAUACAUUGUGGGACAUGCUUAUUACACUAAAUUUGGACUUUUCUUCUCAAGCUGAGUGUCUUUCAGGUAAAUGUAAAAAAAAAAAAAAAAAAAAAACCAACAUCAUUAUAGAUGUUAGGAUUAGGUUUAGUUAAAUCAUUUUAGAUAAAAAACCUACAGUAUAUAGCAUGUCAAGCUAUGUUUUUUUUACUUUGUUCAGAGCAACAAUGAGUAGUUAAUAUUAACUGAUUGUGACUGUAAUGUUAUUUUACAAUGUUUACAGUUUGUAUUGCUAUUUUGGUCUAAAUGUAGAAACUUGAUAUUUAAUUUAUACCGUAUGCAUUGAAUUGAAUACAUGGCUUGCUGUUUAUGUGUUCGAAAUCAUAAUAGGUAGUCAGCUAGUAAAAUUAAUCACUAAUCAUAGCAAAAUAUUUUAAUUUAUUGACAGUGUCAAGUAGUUUGUAUUUGUGAUGAAAAUAAUUUGUUUUUAUUAUGUAAUGCAUCAACUGAAGGACAUUUCUGGAAGCUGAACCAUACGUCUUAACCUAAUUACUAAUGUCUUACUCCUGAAAAUGUGCAAAUUAAUACAUGAAGCACUUUUGAUUUAUCUGUUGCAGAUUAUUUUAGGAGCUCAUGACUCAUAAAACUGUGUUCAGAAUUGUUUACGUAUUGCACGAAGAGAAAUUUCAGUGCUUUUGGCUUGUAUUGCCUGUAUAUACAUUAUGCAUACAGAAUGUUAGAUACUAUUUUACCCUUUUCCUUCCUUUAUAUAAUUAAAAUAAUUUUAAA